UGCAGACGCCCGCCGACGCGCCCGCCGACGCACACUCCCUCGCUCGCUCGCUCGCACAGCCAGCCCCAGCGCUCUCUGAUCCCCGCAAGCGUCUGCACACCGCCAUGAGCGCCCUCCCCGCGCCCUCGCCCUCGCCCUCCUCCUCUCCCUCCUCCUCUCCCUCGCCCUCGCCGCCCUCUCCCUCACCGCCCACGCCCUCGCUGUCCACCUCGUCGUCCGCGCUCUCGCCCUCGCUGUCCACCUCGUCGUCCGCGCCAGGCACCCCGCCCCCGCGCACGCCCCCAAACCUCCACCAGAACUCGAUCGACCCCGCCGCCCGCUGGCUCGUGCAGAAAUACGGCGGCACAAGCGUCGGCAAGUUCGCGGCCACCAUCGCCGCGCACAUCGUCCCGGACUACCUCGACCAGCACAAAGUCGCCAUCGUGUGCUCCGCCCGCUCCGGCUCCACAAAGGCCCUCGGCACAACCAACCUCCUCCUCCGCGCCGCCGCCGAGGCCCUCCACCGCCCCUCCUCCUCCUCCUCCAUCUCCUCCUCCGCCUCCGCCACAUCCGACUCGACAGCCCCCGCGUCCGGCACAGCGACGCCCUUCGUACACGGCCGCUCCUCCUCCGCCCAGUCCCCCAUCUUUCCGUCCUCCCGCGCAGCAUCGCCCGCGCCCGCCUCGUCGCUCGUGUUCACGCCCCUCGGCGACGCGUCACAGCCCACCGCGACGCCGACGCCGACGCCGCCGCCGCCGCCGUUCAGCGCGACCGUGGACGUCAUCCGCGCGGAGCACAUCGCGGCUGCACAGUUGGCCGUGCGCGACCCCGCCCUGCGCGCCGAGCUCGAGGCCGAGAUCACGCGCGACUGCGAUGGCCUGCGCGCGUUUCUGUACGCGACUCAGGUCAUCGACGAGAUAUCGCCGCGCUCGCGCGAUAGCAUCGUCGGCUUUGGCGAGAAGCUCGGCUGCAAGCUCGUCGUCGCCGCCCUCCGCGACCAGGGCAUCGACGCCGAGUUCGUCUCGCUCGAGAACGUCGUCCCCGCCGCGGCGCACGACGACGCGGACGCGGACGCGCACGGCGCGCUCGGCCAGGGGUUCUACGACGCCGUCGCCGAGGCCAUCGCCCAGCGCGUUCUGCAGUGCGGCCCGCGCGUGCCCGUCGUUACUGGCUUCUUCGGCCCCGUCCCCGGCUCGCUCCUGCGGCAAGUCGGGCGCGGCUACACGGACCUCGCCGCGGCGCUGCUCGCUGCGGGGCUCGGCGCGGCGGAGCUGCAGAUCUGGAAGGAGGUGGACGGGAUCUUCACCGCGGACCCGCGCAAGGUGCCGACCGCGCGCCUGAUACCGCUCAUCUCGCCCGAGGAGGCGGCGGAGCUGACGUAUUAUGGGAGCGAGGUCGUGCAUCCGUUUACGAUGGAGCAGGUCAUCCGGCGCAAGAUCCCGAUUCGCAUCAAGAACGUCGAGAAUCCAAAGGGCGGCGGCACCGUCAUCCACCCGGACCCGGACCUCGACCUCGACGCCGUCCCCGACUUCCUCUCCUCCGCCUCCAGCACCCCGUCCUCACCUUCCCUCCCCAGCGCGCUCUCGCCGCUCCUCACCCAAAACGGCGCGUUCACCACCAGCAGCGCCGGCGGCGCAUCGCGCAAGCUCCCGACGGCGGUGACGAUCAAGGAGCGCAUGGUCGUGCUGAACGUAAACUCGAACCGCAAGAGCGUCUCGCACGGCUUCCUCGCGCGCAUCUUCGGCGCGCUCGAUCGAUUCGGCGUCGUCGUCGACCUCAUCAGCACGAGCGAGGUGCACGUCAGCAUGGCGAUCGAGGACGUCCUCGACCGCAAGGCGCUCGCGCGCGUCGUGCGCGAGCUCGAAAAGUCCGGCUCCGUCUCCGUGCACCGCGACAUGGCGAUCCUCUCGCUCGUCGGCAAGCAGAUGCGCCACCUCGUCGGCAUCGCGGGCCGCAUGUUCACCACGCUCGGCGGCGGGAACGUCAACGUCGAGAUGAUCUCCCAGGGCGCGAACGAGAUCAACAUCUCGUGCGUCAUCGACGGCCGCGACGCCGUCAAGGCGCUCAACCUCAUCCACCAGAGCUGCCUCCAGAUCAAGCCCGAGGGGCCCCAGGGCCGCGUAGGCCCGUGGUUGUUCUAGGGCUACACAUCUAUCCUGGAGGAGAGCUUCUUUUAUAUCUCGACGUUGAGCCGUCGGGGGCGGAUGUAGCAAAAAAAAAAACAAGCAUGUACUGUAGAGCACACAAAAGGUGGGGUCACCGCCAGACUCUGUUUCAUCAC